CUAGUUACUUCAGUACUACCAACAUAAAUUAUACACAACUUUAAAUAGUUUAUAUCCUGUUUUGUCAAAUAUAUUGCUUAUUUCAAUAUAUUUAAUAUAAUCUUUGGAAUGUGUAAUGAAAUUUUCUGUUUUAAGAAUAUUAAAAAUAUUAUUUAGAAUAAUUUUCAAAAAUUUAUUAUUUAGUGAAAAUUAUCUAUAGUUUACUAUACUGGCAAUAUUUAGACAUUUAACAUUAAACUUCUUGUAUGUGGAAGCUCAUUCAAUAUGAUUAUGCAUAAAAGUUUUAUUUUUCUUCUUUUUAUUAUUGUCAACAUCUCCAAUAAAUAUGUAAUUGCCGAAAAUGAUGAAGACGCAUCGACAGAUUUAUAUGUUAUCGAAGGAAAAGUUUUUCCAUGGGAAAAUGGAGCUCCAAGUGGCUGGCAAUUAAUGACCCAUGUCAUGGCUAAUGGUGGAGAACACUAUGGUUUCUUAAGAGAAGAUGGAACAUUUGUCAUUUCUAAUGUACCAUCAGGAUCAUAUGUAAUCGAGGUUGUAAACCCAAACUGUGUUUAUGAACCUAUAAGAGUAGAAAUUAACUCAAAAGGAAAGUUCAGGGCAAGAAAAGUUAAUUUGAUUCAGACAUCACAAGUAAUACAAGUUCCUUAUCCAUUAAAAAUGAGACCUUUAACACCAUUUCGAUAUUUUCAAGUUAGAGAACAAUGGAGAGUAACAGAUUUUUUAUUUAAUCCAAUGGUUUUAAUGAUGAUAUUACCAUUAUUGUUAAUUAUGAUUAUACCAAAAAUUAUGAAUGAUCCUGAAACCAGAAAGGAAAUGGAACAAUUAAAUAAUUUUACUAAUUAUAAUAUGCCAGAAAUGUCUGAGGUAAUAACAUCAUUUUUAUCUGGUGGAGAAAAACAAAAAUCAAAAGCAGUAAAAGCAGCAAAAAAAAGACAAUGAUUGAAAAGUCUAUAGGAUGUAUGUUUGCACUUUUACUCUAGUCUUUUAGUUAAUCAUAUUUUAGAAAAAAGAUGUCGAAUUUUUCUUUCCACAUUUGAAAAAUAACAGUGAAUUCUAAAAUGUUAUUUUAGUGCAUAAUUAAAUAUACUAAUAUCAUGUUAUAUAAUUUUUUUAUUAGGAUGUUUUUAGAUGGCUAUUAAAAAAUAAUAAAUUUUAAGAAAAUAAAAAAAAUAAAAUGUAUUUUCAGAAAUAUUAAUAAUGGAAACUUUUUGUUUCUUAUAAAAUAUUAAUCUAUAAUUUCGCAUAUUGUUCACGAAUUAUUUUGGAUGUGUUUAUUUAUAAUUAUUUUACUUUUUCUUUAUGUAAUAUUAAAAGUAUCUAGAAAGAAAUAAUUUAAAUAUUAAAUAUAAUGAAUGUAAUAUAGUUAAAAAAACAUUAUAUCAAUCAAUAUUUGACAGAAUAUAUUUAUAGUUUAACAAAUAAAUAUUCCAAAAUUGCA